GAAAGCUCAGUGUGCGUGUAACCUGUGUUAAGAGUGGUUGCUGCUCGUGUCUCGUCCCAUUGAAGGUUGUGUGGCGUCGUCCGCUGCUCCCCCUCCUCUCACCCUGUUCACCUGCACAUCGUCCCCCCCACCACCGGUCACAUCCAACAGAAACAACAGUAAGAAGAUAAGCAGCAGCAACAUGGGUCUGGCGGCGAGGUUGGGCAUGCGCACCAGACGGGCACGUCUGAGGCCACUUCUCCUGGCCACCUUCACCUAUUUGGGUCUCGUCACCUUGUUGACCCACGGCCACACCCUCCUCCGUCACCCAGGAGAGUCGGUGGCGCCCGAGGCUGAGGCAUCAUCAGCGGGGUUGGUGUCCCGGCACCUCCUCCAGGAUGACGAAGAAAACUACUCAUCUUCGUCACCUUCGUCGCCUCCGCAGGAGAACUGCACACUGCCGGCCAUCGAACAGUUUCCGCGGGGCUUCAUGUCUCCCAGCGCCAGGAAGAGUGGUGGCCUCAUCGUUCACAUCAUCAUCACUAUCUACAUGUUCGUCGGUAUCGCUAUUGUGUGUGACGAGUACUUCGUCCCUUCCCUCGAGAUGAUCUGUGACGGACUGCACCUGAGUGAGGAUGUGGCUGGAGCUACCUUCAUGGCUGCUGGGUCGUCGGCUCCCGAGCUGGCCACCUCCGUCAUCGCUGUCUUCGUUGCCAAGGAUGACAUCGGGAUCAGCGGGGUGAUCGGGUCAGCGGUGUUCAACAUCAUGUUCGUGAUCUCUGUGUGUGCACUGUUCUCCGGGCGUGUGAACAUCAACUGGUGGCCGCUGAUACGAGACUCCACCUACUAUUGCCUCGCUAUCUUCGCUCUCCUGCUUACCAUUUAUGACGAGGAGGUUACCUGGUACGAGAGCACCUUCCUGCUACUGUUGUACUUACUCUACAUCGUGAUGAUGUGGAAUAACUCGCGCCUCGAGGUCUGGGCCAACACACUCAACGUGCCCUUCAAGAACGCCACCCAGGGCGAGAAGUCCACCCUUUUCGGCACAAAGCCCGUACCUCCCAUGGGGGACCCUGGUCUGGUGAAGGACCCCACAGACCCUAAUAACCCGGAACUAGGACAACAAGACACAUCGCCUCUUGUGAUGAGUUAUGGCGCCACAGGGAGCGAGGAGGGAGGCGUGUGUGUGCCUCUGCUGAUGACUCCUGAUGAUACCAUUGACUCCAGUGAUGCUAGUGAUUCCUUCGACUCAUCGGGUGGCAUUUAUACCAAAGAUUCAUAUGCCAAUGGUGAGGGGAUGCCCAAGCAAGUAGAACCAGCAGAGGUAGAAGCGGCUCCUACCAGGUCCAUGGCUCCUGAGAUGAAGGAUGACGAUGUAUCACCCUGGACAGUACCAGUGGGUAUAUGCGAGCGAAUUAAUUGGGCUCUGUCACUGCCUCUUGUUGCCCUCCAUCACUUCACUACCCCAGACUGCCGCAGGGAGCGUUUCCGUCGCUGGCACCUCAUCACAUUUAUCAUGAGCAUGAUCUGGAUUGCUGCCUAUUCAUAUGUCAUGGUCUGGAUGAUAACAAUCAUUGGUUUCACUUUGGGCAUCCCUGACACCGUCAUGGGUCUAACACUCAUUGCUGUUGGUGUGUCUGCUCCUGAUGCUCUUUCAUCUCUCUGUGUUGCCAAGCAGGGUUUUGGAGACAUGGCAGUCAGCAAUGCCAUUGGGAGCAACGUGUUCGACAUCCUUCUUUGUCUGGGUUUUCCCUGGUUCCUUAAAACUGCUGUCAUCUACCCUGGUACCAUUGUUCCGGUUGAGAGUAGAGGUCUGACGUACUCGACCAUCUCGCUCUUCUCAACGGUGAUUUUUUUGAUCAUUGCCACUCACAUGAAUGGCUGGAAGCUAGACAAGAAAUAUGGAGUGGUGCUCAUGUUUUGGUAUCUCAUUUUUAUGGUAUUUGCCAGCCUGUAUGAGCUCAAUGUCUUUGGCUACCUCAAUCCACCUGAGUGCUCAAGCCCUUAUUGAGCUCACCCACUAAAGCUUAAGGGUAUUUAUAUCAAGCCUACUAGGAUUUUCAAUGUCAUUUGCAUAUGCUGCAAUUAUUUUUGAGGCAUUGCAGUAUUUAUGGUUGUGAAUUUUGUUUUGAAACUAGAGAGUAUGCAUUAUACAUAAUAAAUAAUUAUUUAUUGCUAUGGAAACUGGAUAUAUAUAUAUUUAUUUUAAUUUGAAUGUGAAAAUAUUUACAGUUUCAUAUUUAAUCUUAUCUUAAGCCUUUAGUGAAAUGCAUAAUGAAAGAUCUUUCAGUAGAAUAAAUACUGAAAGUAAUACAUAUUUAAAGACCUAUACAGGUAUUGUAUUUCAAAAGUUUAAUGCGGAAAUAGGUUUAUCUUUAAGACGUCUGAGAGUUCAAAGCUGUUAAGAAAAAUCUUAAGAUUUUAUUUGAUAUCCUUCCAAUAGAUCAGAGAAUUUUAUUGUAUAGUUUCUUUAUAGAGUGGAAUCCUGAACAGAUGCUGAGAAUGUUAUGUUUUGCCUUCUUGCAGUGAUAGUUUUGAUAUACCAUAAAUGAGUAGAAUCUUUGUAUUUGUCACCAGCAUGCUUCCAACACAAAGAUCAAUUUCUUGUCCUUCAUGUUCAAAUUUAAUAUACCAAAAGCUUGAGCAUUUGUAUGUGACAAGGAUAUUUUUUAACUUUUUUUCUGAGAGAUACUGUCAAAAAACAUGGUAAUAAUGUUCCUUAAAAAGGUGUGUUACCCAAAACUUUGUUAAUAAGCAAAAUGAAGAUCAUACAAGAGAAAUGGAGUGAACGUUCGUGACAUUUAGGAAAAAUAAAGUUAAAAUUUUUGUAAUUCAUCAAAAAAUAAUAGUUUUAGAUUCCAUACAUAGUUGUUGCAUGUUGAUCUGGAAAUACUGUAUCAAAGUGCGAGCAUUGCCAAAAAAUAUGAAAAAAAUCCCAGAAUAGCGAGAAAAGUAUCAAGUUAUUAUCACUGUUGUUAUUGGGUUUAAGGGCUGUGAUGGUCCAGGCUGUUGAGUUCAUCUCACUGUUAUGAAAUUGACUACCACAAGGCUUUUGUAAAUAUAAACUAUUUAAUUCGUGUUAAUAAUUUUAUUUAAAUAAAAAAUUAAAAUACAG